AUGGCACGAAACGUGCUGCUGCCUUUGGUUCAGUGCUUAGGGCCUUCGUUGGCGAAACGUGGCUUUGGCGGGCUGAGCGUUUUCGAGCGCACCAGAUCUUUGGGGAAGAGGGGUCCAGUAAAGCACGGCAAUGCCUCCAAAGUCGAGGAUGUGCAAACGUUGGAAGAGGACAAUUUCCCAGGCAAAGGAGAUAGACGCAGCGACACAGGACACUGGGCCAACAUGGCCUCACACUGGCGUGGCGUGAAUACUGAUGCCCUACCCAUGGCCAAGUUCGAGCGAGAACAAGCAGCUGCAGCUUCCAAGGCUCCUGAGCACAAGGUAAAGAUGAAAGGAGCAUUCCGUGAUCUGGCAGAUGCUGACCAGAAAUUGGAGAUGCCCAAGAAACAGCGGCGCAUUCGCGCCAGAAAGGCGGUUGUAAUCCAACCUGCUGCACGGCAACCACAGGUGGCGCAGCAACCGAAAGAGCCCCGUGAGAACCUGUUGAAGCAUUUUAAGAAGCCGCAGGGCAGUUCAUCACCUUGA